UUGGAAGUAUAAGAGCAUAGCCUCCCAAUAAGCCCACCCCUCUCUUUCUCCCCCUUCUCCUUCAAGGAGAAAAAUCCCAGCUUAGCCCCACCAUCGCCGAUGGAGCCACCACUUCCACCACCACCCUCCGCCGUUGCCAACGCUCACAUCGGUUACCCUGACUCUGUCGACUCCUCUCCCCGUUCCCGCAACGCAGACAGCUGGGAUGAGCCUCUCCCACCGGUUCCCGGUGCUAAACUGCGCCUCAUGUGCAGCUACGGCGGUCACAUCGUUCCACGCCCUCACGACAAGUCUCUUUGCUACCUCGGUGGAGAUACCCGUAUCGUCGUCGUGGACCGCCACUCUUCUCUCUCCGACCUCUCCGCUCGCCUCUCUCGCAGCCUCCUCAAUGGCCGCUCCUUCACCCUCAAGUACCAGCUCCCCAACGAGGACCUCGACUCCCUCAUCUCCGUCACUACCGAUGAAGAUCUCGAGAAUAUGAUCGAAGAGUACGAUCGCACUUCAGCUUCGUCCCUGAAGCCCUCUCGCCUGCGGUUGUUUCUUUUCCCUUCGAAGCCCGAUUCGGCUUCAUCGAUCGGGUCUCUGCUCGAUGACUCUAAGUCGGAGAACUGGUUCGUCGAAGCCCUAAAUGGUGCUGGGAUUCUUCCGAGAGGACUUUCAUCCGAUUCUACUUCGGUUAAUUGCUUGCUCGGUUUGGAUGGUGUUCAUGCCGAUUCUUCUGUUGAUGUGGAGGCUCAAAUAGAAGCUUUGGGUGGUAACAAACAGGUUAAACCUGGGCAAGAUGUUCAAUCCGUGCCCGAUUCGCCGAUGUUAGAGACGAAUUCGUCUUUUGGGUCGACGUCCUCUUCUCCUUCUGUGUCAAAUUUGCCUCCAAUUCGGGUUCAUGUGGAGGAUGGUGGGGCUCAGUUCCAGGACCAGAAGGUUGGAUUAGAGGAUCAUUUCUCACAAAUGACCAUCAAUAUGCAGAAGCAAGAUGAGGGCUUUGCUGCUUUGUCGUCUCCCCCUCCUCCUCUUCCAACGACUAUUACUGCUACAACAAUUCCAUCAGCUGUCUCCAAUAAUUCUACAGUUGCUGCUGGCGAAUACCAGAAUCGGGUUGUCUCCGACGACGAGAGAUCAGAUCAUGGAACUCCCGGUGGCUUCCGAAGACCAACACAGCCUCCAACGCCGACGCAGUUGCAACAGAAAACCAAUGGUGGUGUUGAUUUGCCUUCCCCGGAUUCAGUUGCAAGAGACAACUAUAUUGCGAAUGCCAUGUCUCGCCCGAAACCUGUGUUCUAUCAAGAACCACCUGUUCAAUCCAGAGACAACAGGAUUUCACCCAACCCUCCUGUUGAUCCAAAGAGUAACUUCUCUGAUCCAAGCUAUCGGAUCCAAAUGCAACAAGUUCAGGAUUCUGGGUAUGCAUUGCCUUCACAAUUGGAUCAACAUCAACAGCAGCAACAGCAACAGUCACAACAACAACAAUUCAUUCAUGCCGGAACCCAUUACAUCCACCAUCCUGCCACAGGGCCGGUACCAAUUUCAUCUUUCUACCCAAUGUAUCCUCCACCACACCCUCAACAGCACCACCAGCAGCUCGAUCAGCACUACCCAAUGUACUUCUUGCCCGUGCGGCAGACCCAACAUUACGGCCUGCCUGUGCAAUCAAAUUUGGCCGAUUCUCCCGCCAUUCCUGCAAGUCGCCCCCCGCCCCCUCCGAGUCCUGCUAUUAUCCCCACCCCUGCAGCAUACAAAGAACCAGCUGCACCUGUGUAUCCUACCAGACCUGUUCCUCCCCUUAAACCCGAAUUGGCCGCAAGCAUGUACAGAACAGCGGCCGCACCAGCCCCACCACCUCUUAUUCACAUACCCUCAGAUCAACAUCAACAACAAUACGUGGGUUACCAUCAGAUGCAUCACCCGUCUCAGUCCAUCGCCGUUGCCGCUGCCGGUACCGGCAAUUACGCAUACGAAUUCGCCGAUCCUGCACAUGCCCAGAUAUACUACACUCAGCCAACGGGUGCUACAUUGCCUCCUCAAUAUCAAACCAUAACUUCGGCCACUGGAGUAGUGGUUUCAGAAUCUUCGGCGCAGUUGCCCACUGAGAGCUCUAAGCAGCAGCAGAUAAGGACCUCGCAACCACUAUAAGACGACAUUCGGAAAGGGGGGUAGGGGAUAAAAAACAAUUUUGGUGGUGGGUUCGGUAAAUUUUAGGUUGUAUGUUCUUUGUAAGUGUCUGGUUAUUGGUAUCGAUGGUGUCGUCUCCCUCUGAUAGAAAAUAAUGAUCUGGGGCUUCCUUCUUUUUCUUUCUACUGUGUUAUUUUGUUGAUGGUAUAGUUAAAGAAAACAAGUUCUACUCAAAAUUGUUGUGUUUGGUCUGUCUCUGUAUCAGUCAUUGAAAUAAAUAUAUAAUACAGAAAGCUUUGGAUUAGGGUACUUUUUCAUGGCA